GAUCAAUGCAUAAAGUAAAGCAAUUCAUGCUGCAAAAUCGUCGUUGUCUUCGUAGAUGAUGUAAAAUUAAAAUGAAACAGGACCAUAUUUUUGGCUUGGCUAUGCCUGUGCCUAAGGCAGCACAUUUUAAAGAAUAGUUUGUUAUAAAUAAUGAUGCCUUGAAGCUCCCAAGCUCUUCAAGGUUUAAACAAAUACGGUCUGUCGAGGCGGCUGCACAUGAGCCAGAUCUUCAGGAAAUUGUUAAACUAACUGUGCGUAAUUUUAGAAAUACCAUGUCUGCAAAUAAUUAUAUUACUAUGAAUGAUGGGAAUAAAAUCCCAAUGAUUGGAUUUGGUACGUAUGCACCUGAAAAGGUUCCCAAGAGCCUUUCAGAGGAGGCAACAAAGAUAGCAAUAGAAAUUGGUUAUCGCCAUAUUGACUGUGCUCUUUUCUAUGGCAAUGAGAGAGAAGUUGGCUGCGCUAUACAGGCAAAGAUUCAAGAUGGGACCAUAAAGAGAGAGGACCUGUUCUAUACAGGGAAGCUGUGGAGUACGUACCACACUCCUGAAAUGGUACGCCCAGCGCUGGAAAAAUCCUUGAAGGACCUUCAGAUGGAUUAUCUGGACCUGUAUAUCAUACACACACCCAUAGAGUUUAAGCCAGGAGAUGAAUUGUUGCCGAUGGAUGAAAAUGGACAUUUUAUUUAUCACAAUACGGAUAUAAGAGACACAUGGGAGGCUCUGGAGAGAUGUAAAGAUGCAGGAUUGGUUAAAUCCAUAGGCGUCUCCAACUUUAACCGCAGACAGCUAGAGAUGAUACUUAACAAGCCUGGACUGAAGUACAAACCUGUCUGUAACCAGGUAGAAUGUCAUGUAUAUCUGAACCAGCGCCAACUACUAGAGUUCUGCAAGUCUCAUGACAUUGUGAUUGUAGCAUUUAGUUCUCUGGGGUCCAGCAGAGAUGAGUCAUGGAUAGAUCAGAACACUCCGGUUCUGCUUGAGGAUCCUGUAUUGUCAGACAUUGCUAAAAAACACAACAGGACCAUAGCUCAAGUGGCCAUACGAUACCUGUUGCAACGAGGUAUUGUCGUUCUUGCUAAGAGCUUUAACCCAACUCGCAUCAAACAAAACUUCAUGGUCUUUGACUUUCAGUUGCCUGCAGAAGAUAUGAAAACCAUUGAUGGACUCAACAGAAAUAUGCGUUAUGAUGCUACCGCCAUGUGUAAAGACCACCCAAAGUAUCCAUUCCAUGAUGAAUAUUAAAGAGAAGUUAAAGCUGAAACAGGAUAACUCAAAAAUCUGUCACCAUUGCUCAAGCAGGGAAGAUUACUAGUAAUAACUACCAUCUCAUAAACUACACAGGGGGGUACUGGUAUGGGUUAUCAAUUUCUACCAGUAAUUCCGGCUUACUUCUCUCUUUGGGAGGAUGAUCUAAAGCUCUCCACUCAGGCAAGAUGAUCUAAGGAGUCUCAUCAGUACUUCAACAUCCUUCAAAAGAAGUUAAGAGCGGCAAAUUAUAGCUGUAAGGGAUAGACUACUAUAUUACAAUAUAAGGCCUAAAAAAGUCUCAAACAUUAUUCCUGAAUUCUCUCCAUGCCGGUGAGUUUUAAGCUGCGUUUGGCAAGUGCUCCAAUCGACUCAGAGCUCACUUGGAGUGUUUUGUGUAGACUUCUAAGCUCAGCGCUGGUCAUUCGCUCAGCACUCUGAUGAUGUAAAUCCUAGCGUUUCCAGCAUGGUGGAAAAGCUGGGACUUUUCAGAGCAGGCUCAGACGGUUGUCAAUAUGGCAGCAUAUACAGUAUAUAUAUAUAUAUAUAUAUAUAUAUAUAUAUAUAUACACACACACGUGUUGCUUGUGAAGGCUGCCAUGUUUACAAUAAUUAUAUAAAUGUUGUAAUAAAUAAUUUAAUAAUUAUUUCACAAGUGAGGGAGCUUAUAAUAAACAUUUGCAUGCGCAAAGGGAUCUGCU